CACACUCUUUGUUAGCCAUGCCUAGCCUGCUGGUUUUAGCAGGGAUCAUGGAGAAAAACGGGGGCUACGGCGGGGAUCUGGCCGGCUCCGGCUUCGGCGGAGAGGGUCUCCUGGUGCCGCCCGACGAGGAGGAGGACGACUCCCGUGCCCUCAGGGUCGCGCUGGGCCAGCUGUCCCUGCUGGGGCUCGGGGAAGGCGAGGACGGCGGCGGAGCCCCGACGACGGGAGGAGGAGUGCAGGACCGGAGCAACAACAACAACAACAACCACCUCCACAACCACGCCAACAGCGUGGGGAGCGGCGGGGACGCGGCCGUCCUGCAGGGGAAGAGCAAGCUGUGCGCGCUGUACGAGAGCGAGACGAAGGGACGGGGCUGCAACAUCACGGAGUGCGUCCCGGUGCCCAGCUCCGAGCAUGUGGCCGAGAUCGUGGGGAGACAAGGUUGCAAGAUUAAAGCCCUGCGAGCCAAAACCAACACCUACAUCAAGACCCCCGUCCGAGGAGAGGAGCCCGUGUUCCUCAUCACCGGUCGGAAGGAGGAUGUUGCUCUGGCCCGUCGGGAGAUCAUCUCUGCUGCGGAGCACUUUUCAAUGCUCCGGGCGUCUCGCAACAAGCUGGGCGUGUCCUUCAGCGGCUCCCCGCCCACACCACUACCGGGCCAGACCACCAUUCAGGUGAGAGUGCCAUACCGUGUUGUUGGGCUGGUGGUGGGGCCGAAAGGUUCCACCAUAAAGCGCAUCCAGCAGCAGACCUGCACGUACAUCGUCACCCCCAGUCGAGACCGCGACCCCGUCUUCGAGAUCACCGGGUCGCCGAGCAACGCCGAGCGGGCCCGAGAGGAGAUCGAGGCGCACAUCGCCUUUCGAACGGGAGGCCUGCAUGACCACAACAACGAGAACGACUGUCUGGGGCCCAACGGCGGAAGCAGCCCAGUGGGCAGCACCGGUGGUCUGGAGAGCCGGCUACAGCAGGUGUGGGGGCUGCAGGGGGGACAGCGCAAGCCUCUCACCAGCAGCUACCGCCAGAACUUCUCAGACGCCAUAGUUGGAGGAGGGAGUGGAGGAGGCGGUGGAGAGGGAGGGGGCAUGUACAACAAGGGCAACUACUCCAGCUCCGGAGACAAACCUUGUUCCUAUUUUGGAUCGGAGGGUACCCAGGGCUGGGGCGACCCCGACUACCCCAAACAGGUGUCCUUUUACACCCAGCAACGCUCCAAAAGCUUCGGGGGCCUCCCACUGCCCCUGACCAGACUGUCCCCGGGCUUGGCCGAGCCCUGCGGCGGCACCGCCAACAACUCUUCAGUCACCAGCAUCGUGUCGGGCUCACCUCACGCCCAGGCCCGCCGCGCUCACAGCGAGCCCACCUCAGCCGGCGAGGGCUUCCCGGGCCGCCUGCCAGUGCCGGACUCUCCGCCGGCCAUCGUGCGGGACUGCAUGACCUGCUUCGAGAGCAAAGUGACGGCCGCCUUGGUGCCCUGUGGCCAUAACCUGUUCUGCAUGGAGUGUGCCAUCCGGAUCUGUGAGCUGAACCACCCGGAGUGUCCGGUGUGCCACACCCAGGUCACACAGGCCAUCCGGAUAUUCUCCUAAAGAACCACGUCAGUUUUU